CAUGGAGAAGCCCACUCGGUCGCCACCGCGAGCGGGCGCCAGGAGCCGCAGGGUCGGAGCGUGGUUUUGAAGCCGCGUCUGCAGCCACCAUGAGCGGCCGAAGUCGGGGUCGGAAGUCGUCCCGCGCCAAAAGCCGGGGCAAAGGCCGCGCCAAGGCCCGAGUCCGCCCCGCUCCUGACGACGCCCCGCGCGAGCCGGACCCUCCACAGUGCCAGAGGCUCGGGGAGGAAGCCCAGGCGGUACAGGUGCAGGCUGGCGCGGGUUGGGGUGGCCAGGAAACCUCUGCGCCCGCGCCGCCCCGCCGGCCCCCCGGGGAGGAGGGCGCCUGCCGGCUCCCGCUGGACUGUGGCCUCGCGCUCCGCGCCCGCGCUGUGGGGGACCGCGGGCAGGCCGCGACCAGACCCGGCCUGGGGAAGGUCCCGUCGCUCUCGGAGCGCCUGGCAACAGACACUGUCUUCGUGGGAACUGUGGGGACCGUGGGAAGGCCUAAAAAUGUCCCCCGCGUGGGAAAUCGGCGUGGCCCUGUGGGGAAGAAGGCCCCAGAAGCUUGUAGCGCGGUGGGGAGGGGCCCUCAGGCGAUAGCUGGUGGGAAGCUGAAGAAAGGGACAUCCGCGGAGUGUGCCUCCGGCCAAGCGGCAGAGGAAAAGAAAGUGGAGAAGGAUGCAGGGUCAGCGCCCCUGGCCACAGAUGGGAGCAUGGAUACGCUGGAGACCGUCCAGCUGAAGCUGGAGACCAUGAACGCCCAAGCGGACAGGGCCUACCUUCGGCUCUCGCGCAAGUUUGGCCAGUUGCGACUGCACCACCUAGAGCGCAGAAACCUCCUCAUCCAGAAUAUUCCAGGCUUCUGGGGGCAAGCUUUUCAAAACCACCCCCAGCUGGCGUCCUUUCUAAACAAACAAGAUAAAGAGGUACUCAGCUACUUAAACAGCUUGGAGGUGGAAGAGCUUGGCCUCGCCAGAUUAGGCUACAAAAUCAAGUUCUACUUUGGGCGCAACCCCUAUUUCCAAAAUAAGGUGCUUAUAAAGGAGUAUGGGUGCGGCCCUUCCGGCCAGGUCGUGUCGCGCUCUACUCCAAUCCAGUGGCUCCCAGGGCAUGAUCUCCAGUCCCUAAGCCAGGGGAACCCAGACAACAGCCGUAGCUUCUUUGGGUGGUUUUCAAACCACAGUUCCAUUGAGUCUGACAAGAUUGUGGAGAUAAUUAAUGAGGAACUGUGGCCCAAUCCUCUGCAAUACUACCUUAUGAGUGAAGGAGCCCGUGCAGAAAAAGGAAAGGAAAGCAGACAAGAUCCAGCAAGGCAGCCAACGGAGACCCCUGAGCCCGGGGUAAAUCAGUCCAACUGAUGCUGCACAAGUUUCUCUUCUACCUCCUGCUGAGCCCCGUGCCUGGCUGACCACAUGUGUUUGGCUGUCUGCCUUCUCUUCAUGUUGGCCUCUGUGCACUCUAUCCCCUUCGCCUUCAGUUACAAGAAUAUGGCAUUUCUGAUCAUGUUCUUUUGCCUUCCCAUGGCCUUUUGCUUUUUUUACAUUAGCGCCACAUGUUAUGUGCUCUCACUCCCACUGUUCAUAUGUUAAGCACACAUGCUUCAGAUGUGUGUUGACUAUCAGCGUUGCCUGGACUCUGUUUGUGGCUCUGGCCUUUCCUACUUGUCUUUAACAUGAAUGCUGGAGAGUCAUUCUCCAAGAGGACCAAUGCACCGUCAAGCUCUAUUCAGGGCCGGUGCCUUGCCUGGACUUUGUGUUCCUGCUGGCCACGCAUGCCAUCUAUUGCAAGCUUUUCUAUCGACACUGCAAAAUGAGGCCAGUGCACAUGCCAAAACUGAUUUUUCCAUGGCUCUGGAGUCACCAGCUGAGAUGGCACCUGUUGGAACUCUGUCUUUGACUAGGGGCCAAUGCUACCCAUGCUGCUGGACAUGCAGGAGAAUGACACUGGACUGCUUGGCAUGAAUGAGGUUAAUGGUGAGAAGCAGAAACAAUGCCAUGUGUUUGAUACCAUCAUGUGUCUCUGCCUGCCUCUGGGCCCUUCUGCUGGUUGGUGAAUCUUCAUUAAAGUCUGUACCAAGCCUCAUCUCUAUCAGGCCUUUGACUUUUGUCUAGUUGCUGUUGGAUCCUCGUCAACGAGAGGCUUCCUUGUCAACAAGAACCUCAAGAACUGCCUGUGGACUAAGGUCCCCCACCAGUGCAUGAGACACGCACCUAUCUUUCCCAGCCUUCCAGGAACUCUUUGGCUAACAGGCUGAUUGGCAGGCUGGUUUGUGUGGACGUGUGCUCAUUGUCAUCAUGCUGUGACUCCAGGCGAGGGUGGGGACUGGACUCACAUAGAAUGUGUGACCCUGUGUAUGUGGAAGAUUAAUGCUGCUUAUUUUGCUUCUUAGUAAAAUCUUAACCACAUUCCCCAUUUUUGCCUAGUAGGAAAAUAGAACUGUACAGGCCUGUUUUUUUUUUUUCCCUUUUUUCUGAUUUUUUUUUUUUUGUGUGUGUGUGCAUUUUAAAUUUUUGCUCUUCAUGAUGGACAUGUGCAUUUCAAACAUGUGCAGAAGUGGAGAAGAUGGUGGUCCCCGUGUGCCUAUCACCUAGCCACGUCAGUUAUCAAUUAUGAUCAAACUGGUUUCAUCUGCAUUUUACUCUCCUUGCCUGUGUUGUUUAUGGAAAGUGCAAGACACUGUGCCAAUUCAACCGUGACCACUUUGGGAGAUUGGGACUCUUUAGUGGUGAUAGUGGCAGGGUGCACUAUCAUCACGUCAGGUCUGCUUUUUGCUUUCAGUGUGAACUAAUGAAGUUCCAGAGAUGGGCAUUAGAAAUAAAAGUCUUCAGAUUUAACAAGGUGAGGGGGAUGUUCCCUUUCCCCUGCACCCACAAAAGGAGAGACUGUUCUGUUGUAAACUGUCAGAGACUGAUAUGAUAAGGUGCUUACUUGAGACCGUUCACCAGGAUGUCAGUCGUUCCUGUGUAAGAUGGAGACUUACAUGACUGUUAGAAGUGGUGUCAGCUUGUCCUGGUCUCAUAAUUCUGGUCUCAGAAGUAUAAUUUGGAAAUUGUUGCUGUGUUCUGUAAAAAUAACGUUGCAAAAAUAAUCAGUAACUGGUUGUCUUACUUGGUACUUUGACACCCUGAUAAUAAUGCAAUUAUUUCUGUGUUCCUAAAUCUUAUAAAUAGUUGUAAGCGUGUGUGCAUAAUGGAAAAAUAAAAGCUUGUAUCUCUGUUAUAUAGUUUAUUAAAAAAAAAAAUUGUAAGGUUCAGUAGAGGCUGGGUAAUUGAAGGGAUCUAUCUAUACAUUGACCUCGAUGAAUGGUUCUUAAGUUCCAGUUCUUGUGUGGCUAGUUACAUAAAAAGACAUAAAAUUCUGUUACCCAGACUCUUACCGGAGAUUAAGAUUCUGUGGUUCUGGGUGGAAACCAGGUAGUUUCAUUUUUAGCAAGCUUUCUAGGUGAUUAAGGAAGAAAUGGAAUGCUUCUCAAAUUUUAGAGCACAUCUGAAUGAUCUGGGAAUCCUGUUAAAAUAUGAAGUCUGAUUCAGUAGUCUGGAGGUGAAAUCUGAGAUUUUGCAUUUGUAGCAAACUUCCACAUGAUGCUACUGUUGAUGGUUCAUGAACUCCACUUUGCGUAGCAAAGGAGGUAACCUCCAAGGCCCUUGCAAGCUAGAGUAACAGUGCUCAACCUUAGUUGCAUAUUAUAAUUAUGUGGGAAAUGUCAGGAAAUACACUUCUGUGGCUCCACACAAGGCCGCUAAACGUGAAUGGGGGCAAGGAUGGGCCCAGGUGUGGGUAUUCAAUAAACUUCCCGGGUAAUUCCAUUGUCUAGCCAGAGUUCAGAGCUAGGGCCUCUGAUGCUAUUCAUAACAGGUUCAUAGCAAGGAUCAUUUUCCAGUAAUGAAGAGAAACAGCAGACAACCAAAUGCCACAUAAAAUUGAUCAACAGAAAAUAGUCAGAAAAAAUUAAAAGUGCGCUAAAUGACAAAACUGGCUUAUAUAAUGAAAGCCUUGAAUCAAUAAAUGUGUAAUGUUCAGGGCAUAGCAGGUGCUCAAAUGUUGAAUGAAUUUAAGUGUAUAUUCAGAUGCCUCUGGGCUAGGCUGGUAAUUGAAUUUGUGAAGUGGGCCAAAUUUGUUUCUUAAGGACAUAUGUAUUAGUCGGCUAGAGCUUCUAUAGCAAAGCACCACAGACUGGGUAGCUUAAAGAACACAAAUUUUAUUUUCUUGGUUCUGGAGGCUGGGAAUCUGACAUCAAGGUGUUGGUAGGUUUAGUUUCCUCUGAAGGCCUGUCACCUUGCCUUACAGAUGGCUAUCUUUGUGUUUACACACACUCUGUAUGUUUCCUCAUCCUCUAUAAGAACACCAGCCAUGCUGACUGGAACCUUGACUUCCUUCCUCUCCCAGUGUCCCAUCACCUGGUCUUCAGCCUGGGUGAGGUUUGAUAAUAAGACAAAAUAGCUCCCAUCAUAUGACACUCUGGUUUAAAAAGCAUACCCACUUACAUGAUCUCAGUUAUAGUAACUAUCCCAUAAUAAGGUUCAAAGACAUUAAAUGAGCAAAAUCACAAAAACCAGUUUCUGGGCUUUUCACUCAUGAUUUCUACCCAUCUGCAUUGAAAGGCAGACAUGAAGGAGGGGGAAGGGAUCUUCUCCCAUGUCUGUCUUUAUCAGGACAGACAAUCUUUGCCAGUAGACCCUCAUGGAUUUCAGGAGACUUGAGUCAAAUUCCCUGAGCCAGAAAUAGGUCACAUUCCCACUUUUCAUAAUUCCUCAUGGGACUGGGAUUCUGCCAUUAAGCAAUAGGAGAGGUGGUGAGGCUGGAACUGAUGGGAAAUUUUUGUCACUGGUAGUAUGAUGUGCCUGCACCCGUGAUAUGAAUGCCACAUUUACUCAGAGGCACCCCGCAGGUGCACAUCCUCCCAGCUUGCUGGUCACCUCUUCUGACAUGGACGCUCUGUGCUUGAUGUUUAGUGCCUCCUCUAACACACACUAAAGCAUUUCUGGCUAGGUAAUGGCUUUUAGGCUUUAGUGUCUCCCACAGCACCCAGAUGAGGGUUCUCUCAAUAUUUGUCACAGGCAGUCAAUAAAUGCUAGUGGAGUGAAUGUGAUAGAUCAAUAAUCUUCCUAAAAUGUAAAUUUGAUUAUGUCAGUCACCCAUUCAAAACCU